UGCGCGCGCCCUGCGGACUCGGCGUAGGAGUUGGCGCCGGCUGCGGUCCGGCCGUCGCGGGUCACGCCGAGGGCGCCCAGCCUGGCCUCUCCGCGGCGCCUCGGCCCCGGUGCGCCGCCGCGGCCCAUGGGGAGAGUCGGCCGGGCGGGCCGGCAUUAAACUGAAAAGAUGUCCCUGUAUGAUGACCUGGGAGUGGAGACCAGUGACUCGAAAACAGAAGGCUGGUCCAAAAACUUCAAACUUCUGCAGUCUCAGCUUCAGGUGAAGAAGGCAGCUCUCACUCAGGCAAAGAGCCAGAGGACAAAGCAAAGCACGGUCCUCGCCCCAGUCAUCGACCUGAAGCGAGCUGGCUCUUCAGACGACCGGCAGAUCGUGGACACCCCGCCGCACGCAGCCGCCGGCCUGAAGGAUCCUGUUCCCAGUGGAUUUUCUGCAGGAGAAGUUCUGAUUCCUUUAGCUGAUGAAUAUGAUCCUAUGUUUCCUAAUGAUUAUGAGAAAGUAGUGAAGCGCCAAAGAGAAGAACGACAGAGACAGCGGGAGCUGGAAAGACAAAAAGAAAUAGAAGAGAGAGAAAAGAGGCGUAAAGACAGACAUGAAGCUAGUGGGUUUUCAAGGCGACCAGAUCCAGAUUCUGAUGAAGAUGAAGAUUAUGAGCGAGAGAGGAGGAAAAGAAGUAUGGGCGGAGCUGCCAUCGCACCACCCACUUCUCUUGUAGAGAAAGACAAAGAGUUACCCCGAGAUUUUCCGUAUGAAGAGGAUUCGAGACCUCGCUCACAGUCUUCCAAAGCUGCCAUCCCUCCCCCGGUGUACGAGGAGCAAGACAGACCCCGAUCACCGACCGGACCUGGCAACUCCUUCCUUGCCAACAUGGGUGGCACAGUAGCACAUAAAAUCAUGCAGAAGUAUGGCUUCCGGGAAGGCCAGGGUCUUGGGAAGCACGAGCAAGGGCUGAGCACAGCGUUGUCGGUAGAGAAGACAAGCAAGCGAGGCGGCAAGAUCAUUGUGGGCGACGCCACGGAGAAAGAUGCAGCCAAGAAGUCGGAUUCAAAUCCAUUGACUGAAAUACUGAAGUGUCCUACUAAAGUGGUCCUACUAAGGAACAUGGUUGGUGCAGGAGAGGUAGAUGAAGACUUGGAAGUUGAAACCAAGGAAGAAUGUGAAAAAUAUGGCAAAGUUGGAAAAUGUGUGAUAUUUGAAAUUCCUGGUGCCCCUGAUGAUGAAGCAGUACGAAUAUUUUUAGAAUUUGAAAGAGUUGAAUCAGCAAUUAAAGCUGUUGUUGAUCUGAACGGGAGGUAUUUUGGUGGACGGGUGGUAAAAGCAUGUUUCUACAAUUUGGAUAAAUUCAGGGUCUUGGAUUUGGCGGAACAAGUUUGAUUUUAAGAACUAGAGAGCAAGUCAUCUCCAGUGACCCCUAAGUGAGCUGCAAGCUGAGCAGAGAAGAAAAAGGUGGCAGCCACCUGCAUGGCUGUUGGGUACAGAGACUCUUGAAAGAACUUCUAAGAUAUAUGUUGACUGAUCCCUUUUUUAUUUUGUGGUUUUUUAAUAUAGUAUAAAAAUUCUUUAAAAAAAAAAAAAACAAUCUGUGUGCCUCUCUGGUUGUUUCUCUUUUUUAUUACCACUUCUGAGGUGAUUACAUUUUUUGCUAGGAUUUCAUGAUAAUUCUCAAGUGCUUCAGUGAUACAGCAUUUCUUGCACUAAAAAAUCUAGAAAGUUUUGGGGUAUGGGGUUGUAUUAAGUUAUCCUUUGCUUUUCUUUCUUUCUUUUUUCGAUUCAUUUUAAUAAAACCUGCAAGUUACUAAACUGUAGCUUCAUAAAUUGUGUAAUAAAGUAUCAUCUUGGCAGUCUGCCAAAGGUGGAAA